CCUGACAGCACCAGCCCAUCAGCCCAACCAACUACCGAGCCCGACGAGGAGACGGCCCAAGGCCCAGCCAAGAGGAUCAAGAAACCCAACCCAAGAGUGAGUGGCAGCCAGUGGGUGAACGCAACACAGGAGGGAUAAAGGGAGAAGCUGGCAACCCUGAGGGGAUCGAAGAUCGAUCAAGGCACGGCACGGCACGGCGGCGGCUACCUACUACCUUAGAACCCUAGUUCCUUUUCCACUCAUCUCCAAUUUGGCACCUUGGUGCUUGUAAUCUUCAGAUCUUGUGAACCACCACCAUAUUCUGAGAGUAAUACUAGUGCCGUGCUAACACUUGGUACUCAGAGCCCAGCGCCCAAUUUUGCUUCCGCCCUGGAGGCGUCCAUCAUCGAAACACGACAGCAGCGAGCGGAAAGGAUGCAGAAGGACCAGGAGCCCGUCACCAAGGGCGACCUCAAGGAGUUCUUCAAGGAGCUGCGGGCGGAGUGGAAGGAGGACAUCAAGUCUUCCGUCGCCGCCGAGUUCGCGUCAUGGAGACCUGGGAUUAACUCGCAGAUCGCCGAUCUGCAGGAGGAAGUCGACUUACUCAAGAAGCAGCGCGCGGGCGACAAGGGAAACGACGCAGAGGAGGCGUCGGCAACAGAUCACACCGAUCUGUUGGCGCGGAAGAACAAUUCGUCUUCGGACGGAUCCCCGGCGCGUCUUCCUCCUCGGGCCGAUGGCCUCGGCGCUGCAUCACCUCCACGGACGGCGGUCGACGCGGUGCUCGUCAGCCCGCCGGCCCCUCCGGCCAACGCGGCCUGAGGGCGGACUUGCGCGCUGCGAUCAUGGUGCAGCGGCCUCCAGACUUGGACACGGCCUGCGCCCUUGCAUUGGUCCAGGAGGAAGCGCAUGACGGGGGAAGGCCGGAGCAGUUUCAUCCCCCUGAACAAGUUUUCCGGCCAUCGCCUCGCCUACCUCCUCAGGCAGUGCCCCUCCACCAACCUCGUCCUCCUACAACACCAGUCGCAGCGGAUCGUCGCGGCCUCGAAGCGGCCCGUGCAGCACCAGUUGAACAACCAAGGCAAGCACCACAAGAAACAAACCCGCUGAACACUCUUCGUGCAUACAGAAGAGCCAGGGGAUUAUGCUUCAAGUGUGGCGAGCGUUGGGGGCGUGACCACACUUGUCCAACCACAAUCCAGAUGCAUGUGUUGGAGGAAUUAAUGGAUUUCAUGGAGAUUGAAUAAAACACAGACGGAGAGACGAGUGUUGGUCCAGAUUCCACUGAAGAAACAGUUUAUGCAGUAUCUUUGCAAGCAUUCAACGGGAAUGACUCUUCCAAACUACUGCAGUUCAGCGCAUUGAUCCAGGAUCAAGCUAUGGAAGUGUUGAUUGACUCGGGCAGCUCAGCGUCCUUCAUCAACUCACGUUGUGCCGAGGGCUUGCUAGGAUUACAACAAUUACCCAAAGCAGCUCGUGUGAAGCUUGCAAACGGAGCAGAGCUGCGGUGUGAGCAAGAAUUAACUGAAUGUCAGUGGACAGUACAAGGGCAUCAGUUUGCCACCUCUUUUAAAGUGUUGCCUUUGGGAGGUUUUGAUGUAAUUGUGGGAAUGGACUGGCUGGAAGCUUUGAAUCCACACAUUGAUUGGAUCAACAAAACGGUGACAAUUCCCUCGGCGUCUACCCCGAUUCAGUUACAAGGGCACAAAUUCUCUGAAAACAAAUGCCCUCAAAUAUCUGCUGAAGAACUGCAACACAUGUGUGUCCAGGGCGAAGUGGAUCAUCUUGUGUACCUCUGUGCUACUCCUGAUCAACACAAACAAGCACAACAGCUUGCUGAUACAUCAUCGGUCGGUGACAUCAUCGGUGCCAGUUGAAAUUCAGCACAUUUUAGAAGAGUUUUCUGAUGUGUUUGCCACCCCCCAGGGCCUUCCACCUCGCAGAGCUUGCGACCACCUGAUCCCACUCCUUCCAGGGGCUCAACCAAUCAAUAUCCGUCCGUAUCGGCACUCACCAGAUACCAAAAAUGAAAUUGAGCGUCAAGUCAAAGAGUUGCUAGCUUCGGGCAUCAUCCAACACUCCAAUAGUCCCUUUGCUUCUCCGGCAAUUCUGGUGCGCAAAAAAGACGGCCAAUGGCGUUUGUGCAUUGACUAUCGCAAGUUAAAUGCGCUGACCGUCACUCCAAAAUUCCCUAUUCCAGUCAUUGAUGAAUUACUCGAUGAACUAUCAGGAGCUAGCUGGUUUUCGAAGUUAGAUCUCCGUUCCGGUUACCAUCAAAUCAGAUUGGCAGAAGGAGAAGAAUUCAAGACUGCUUUUCAAACUCACUCUGGUCACUACGAGUUCAAGGUCUUGCCAUUUGGAGUGGCAGGGGGCCCAGCAACCUUUCAAGGAGCUAUGAAUCACACACUGAAACCGGUAUCGCGUAUCUGCGUUCUGGUGUUUUUCGACGACAUUCUCGUCUUCUCCAAGACCUUUACUGACCAUGUCAAGCAUCUUCGAGAAGUCUUACAACUCUUGCGCAAUGACCAAUGGCAGAUCAAAGCUUCCAAAUGCUUUUUCGCUCAAUGAGAACUCUCCUAUCUGGGAUUUGUCAU